CGUCCAGCAGCCCCCUCACAUUAAAGAGGAAGAGGAGGCUCCACAGCCCCCCCACAUGAAAGAGGAAGAGGAGGAAGUGUGGAUCACUCAGGAGGGAGAGUGUCUUCUAGGGCAGGAGGAGGAUGAUGUCACCAAGUUUCCACUGACUGUUGUCUCUGUGAAGACUGAAGAGCAUGAAGACAAACCACCUGAGUCCUCACAGCUUCAUCACAGUCCAAAUGUCCAGCGGGUGUCAGCGGAGAGUCAUGAAGAGGAGUGGCACACCAGUGUGGGACAGACGGAGCUACAGGCCCCCUCCCACAUUAAAGAGGAGCAGCUUCAUGAUGAAGAUGAAGCUCAGUCCUUACAGCUUCAUCACAGUCAAAGUGAGGAGAACAGAGGGGCGGAGCUUGUAAGUCAACACAUCACAGAAGCUGAUGGAGAGCAUUGUGAAGAUAUAAAGUCAGAACCAGACAGCAUCUUUGCCCCACUGUCAGACAUGGACAACAUGAUGUCUGAUCACAGUGACCACAUCCAAAAACCUUUGGAGAGUAAAAAUGACUCUAAAGGUGAUACGAGACAACACACUAACAACAAACACUUUGACUGCUCUCAAUGUGGGAAAUCAUUUAGACUGAAGAGUAAUUUUACAGUACACAUGAGAAUACAUACUGGAGAGAAACCUUUUACAUGCUCUGUUUGUAAGAAGAGUUUCUUCAGAAAGGGUGACAUGACCACACACAUGAAAACACACACUGGAGAGAAACCUUUUUGUUGCUCAGCUUGCGCUAAAAGAUUCAACACUAAGAAUGACAUGACCACACACAUGAGAACACACACAGGUGAGAAACCUUUUACUUGCUCUGUUUGUAAGAAGAGUUUCUCCAGGAAGGAACUCAUGACCACACACAUGAGAACCCACACUGGAGAGAAACCUUUUACUUGCUCAGCUUGUGCUAAAAGAUUCAACACUAAGAAGGAAAUUAUAUUGCACAUGACAACACACACAGGUGAGAAACCUUUUACUUGCCCUGUUUGUAAGAAGAGUUUCUCCAGAAAGCAAAUUAUGACCAGACACAUGAGAACACACACUGGAGAGAAACCUUUUACUUGCUUAGCUUGUGCUAAAAGAUUCAACACUAAGAAGGAAAUUAUAUUGCACAUGAGAACACACACAGGUGAGAAACCUUUUACUUGCCCUGUUUGUAUGAAGAGUUUCUCCAGAAAGCAAAGCAUGACCAGACACAUGAGAACACACACUGGAGAGAAACCUUUCGGUUGCUCAGCGUGUGCUAAAAGAUUCAACACUAAGAAGGAAAUGAUAUUGCACAUGAGAACACACACAGGUGAGAAAACUUUUACUUGCUCUGUUUGUAAGAAGAUUUUCUCCAGAAAAGAUAACAUGACCACACACAUGAGCACACACACUGGAGAGAAACCAUUUAAUUGCACUGUGUGUGAUAAGAUGUUCAGGUUUAAGAAUCAGGUCAGUAGACACAAGUGUGUAACAGUCAUGGAAGCUGAAGGGAUUUAAAAACACUUAAACAGUGAUUGUGCUAAAUGUAGUUUAAAAACACAGCAUGUUUAAUAUGAAUGUAUAUUUGAUGUUGUAUGUAGUGCUUCUCAUCUUCUAGUCCAGGGGUCGGCAACCCGCGGCUCCGGAGCCGCAUGCGGCUCCUUGACCACUCUGAAGCGGCUCAGCUACAUACAUGCCGACGCCCCCGAUUUUCCCAGGAGACUUAUGGAUCUCAGUGUCUCUCAUAGAUUACUCCCAGUGUAAAAAUAAUCCUAUUUCCACUUUAAUUACUAAAUAAAGGACGUGCCCUAAUUGCACUGCAGUAAUUGUCCUCUAUAGCAUUUACAAACAGCGUGCCAGCCCAGCCACAUGUUGUAUGUUGUUAUUACUUGCACACACAGGAGACAGCAAAGCAUACUUACUCAUCAGCCACACAGCUUACACUGACGGUAGCCGUACCGUAUCAAACAACUUUAACAUUGUUACGUUACGAAUAUGCGCCACACUGUGAACCCACACCAAAAAAGAAUGAAAAACACAUUUCUGGAGAACAUCCCACUGUAACACAAC